ACCUGGCAACGCUGCCGCACCAAAACACGGCGCAGCCUCGGCCUCUCCUUGCUCUGCUCCUCCGCUGCUCUAGUCCCUACAGAAGCAGGUCAGGUGCCACGCUAACCUACACACUAAACCUGCCACCACAAUCCUGCAAGGUAUGCUACAAGAAACCAAGAAGGAUGCGAUGGUGCAGGAGAGGUUCUUUAAUAACCCUGCUGGGACUUUUGGUAGCAGGACUGGUGCUGAUAUGGGGUAAACCAUUCUGGCCUAUUUAUUCACCCAGGGGCACUACCACAUACCAACCAAAUAUUACUCUUUUCUUUGCAAAUAUUCAUCAACUGUGGGUUGAACCAGUUGAAGUACUAAAAACCUGCCAGGACAAGAAAGUUGAUGUUUUGGUGAUCGUACCAACAUCAGCUGCAAACCAUGAAGCUCGGGAAGCAGUCAGAAAAAGCUGGAAUGGCGAUUUUCCGGCAAACUGGCCUGUUAUGUUUUAUCUUGGAGCAACGAAUGAUCCUCAGUUACAGAACAAGAUUACUGAAGAAGGACGACAAUAUGGCGACAUUGCUCAAGACCAGAGCUUUUUUGACUCUUACAACAAUCUGACUCUGAAGUCAUUGAGCCUUGUCAGCUGGGCCCAUAAGUUCUGCAGAAAGGCCAAUUAUGUGCUUAAAAUAGAUGAUGAUGUAUUCCUUAAUACCAGAAAAUUUCGUGAUCUUAUCAUCUGUGUAACCAAUGCCAGGAAUGAUAUUUAUAAGAAAUUAUACCAGAAAAAUACUAUAAGACUUGGUGAGGAUGUUCUACAGGAUAAACUUGAAGAAGAAAGUAUGCAGCCAAGUUAUUCAACUGAACUUUCUGCUUGUGAAUCAUUUAAGCCAUAUGGACUUAUUAACUACUAUGUGAAUUCCAAGAGCCAUGACUAUGAGUCUUACAUAUUUGGGGGUUACUUGUACAAAAAUGUACAGGCUGACAGGAACCCAAGCUCAAAGUGGUAUCUGGAUAGAAGUGUUUAUAGGUAUGACAGGCUCCCUCCAUUCUUAUCAGGCACUGCUUACAUUAUGUCAUCUAAUAUAAUUCCUCACCUCUUACAUGAGGCUAAGCAACAUCCUGUCAUUGCCCUUGAAGAUGUAUAUAUGUCAGGCAUUAUUGGAAGUCAAGGCCUGAAGUUGAAGCUGAGCCAUCUUGAUGGCUGGAGCAGGUUCCGUCCUCGUUGGGACAGCGUCUGCACUUACAAUGAACUCCUAACAGCACAUGGACUCUCUCCUGUUGAGCUUUCCUCCAUGUCACUUGCUGUUGCUUCUUUAGACAAUGGUGCAUGUGAUGGAAUCUUGACACACAUUCUGAACACUUUUAAUUCUCUAAUAUCAUAUUUAUUGCCUAGGGUGUCUAAGUGAGGAGACACAAUUAGAGGAUUGACAGUAAUUUGACUUGCCAUUUAAGAAGAAAAGUAAACUGUGAUAAACUUAUUUAUUAAAAUAAAUCCAUUCAUAUUUAAAGCUUCCACUGAAAGGAAGAAAAAGAGGGGAAAUAUAAGAAAAAUAUUUGAACAUACACUUCCCUCUUAGGAAUGUUAUAUAUAUAUAUAUAUAUAUAUAUAUAUAUAUAUAUAUAUAUAUAUAUAUAUAUAUAUAUAUAUAUAUAUAUAUAUAUAUAUAAAAGAAAGAUAGUAUUUUCUAACAUUAUUCAAACUGAACUUUUUGUCUUGAUGAUUUUAUUCAUAAAGUAAUUGCAAGAAAUAUUGUGUACUGUUAAGUGGUUUAAAGGUAAUUUUAGUUAGCAUAUAAAGAAGCAUAUAAGUGAACUUCACAGUAUCCAGCCACUAUGUGUUCUUCUGGUCAUUUAUUCUAACUUAAUUGCAACACAUUUUAAUGUUUAGGUACUUAUUGAACAGAAAGUAUGUAUAUGGACCACUGCUAUAAUGUAUGUUUUUAAUUACACGACUCUUUUACUUCUCUAUUUGUGCAAGUAAUUUCAAUAUACAUUCUCUUUCAGUUAUCAUUCCAUUCGUAGGGAAUAAAAUUUGUGAAAAAUCUAUAGGUUAAAAUGCAUACUUAAUUGCAGAAGCUCCAGAAGGGAUAAAUCAUGAUUCUAUACUUCAUCCAGUUUCAGGAACUAAAAAAAGAAGAAGAAAAAAAAAAGGCAGUGUAUCCUGGAGUGUGGAGGACUCUGAUUUGCCGUCUCUUUUGAGAAAAUGUAGAGUAGUGUAGAAAGAAGCAGAUUUUGAUGUAAAGCAAUAAAAAAUAUUGUAUAUAAAUUUCAAAAGAUGAAGAAAUAUAAUUGUCACCUGAUUGGCACAAAAAUAAGAUUUGCUGCAUAGGAGUACUCCAGAGGCCAGAGUGAGUUGUCUUUUUUUUCCUCCUUUCCCUAGACUGGAGACACUAUAUUAACCCUUUUUUUUUCUCUCCCUACCAUUAUUCUCAUUGUUGAUGGUCCUAGUUCUUGCUUGCAAAUGCCCUUUACUUAUUUAUUUUUGAACUUUAGA